UGUGCAACAGAUAUUUCAUUUGUGUCGUUUAUUUAGCAUUUAUCAGGCCGACAUGAAGAUGACAGUUGCUGUGUGGGAGUUGAAUGUGUGCAACAAUAUAUGCCAGAAAUCUGUUGAACAGAAUUCGAGGAUAAAAAAAAUACUUGUUUUUCCUUUAAAAGACAGGCUUUUGUCAUGUUAGUUUAUCUUGUCUCUGACACACCCGUAGACUAGGCGUAAACCUAUCCAGAAAGAAAGACACGAAAAAACAUUCUACCGAGUGCCCGUUAGAAUCUGGGGUAUGUAACGUUCUGCUACCCGCCGCGGUGCACGGGCGGUGCUUGGAAACCGCUAUUUGUCUCAUCCGACCCCCGGUGAACGUCGUCACAAGCGAUGUGUCAUUCUCCACAGAUCCUGUUGAUCACGAACCCGGUUCCCGCUUGGCAUGUAGUUCCACGCUCGGAUGGAUUAUGACUUCGACGACAUCGAAUACCAUUUCUACUCGGUCGUAGAACAGAAAUAGACUGUCCUUUUCCCAACCAUCAUUUAUUGAUAUUUAAAUAGUUUUUUGAAUAGUUAAGCCAUGUUUAUUAAAGGAGGCAAAAUGUCCCUCGUCGCCAUGGCUUUGCCGGUGCUGAUCAGCCUUCUCUCCGCCUGGCAGGCGAGUGCUAACGAGGACUGCCUGUGGUAUGUGGAUAAGAACGGCACAUGGCACAACGGCUUCGACUGCCCGCUCAUCACCUUCUGCUGUGGGAACUGCCACCGGCGCUACUGCUGCCUGGAUGCCUUUAAGAUGAUCACGGAGAGGGAACAGAAGCGAUGCAUGCUCUUCCAGUUCAGCCCCACCACCAUCGCGGGCAUCGCCUCGUCCAUCCUGCUGUUCGUGGCCGUCAUCGCCACCAUGGUAUGCUGCUUCCUCUGCUCCUGCUGCUACCUGUACCAGCGCCGGCAGCCUCGGGGACGGACGCCCUACGAUGCCCACCAGAUCCCUAUGGCCAGCUACCCGGUGGAGCCCCUGUACGAUGCCUACGGCAAGCCCCUUGUCAUGCGGCCCGAGUACACACACCAUGGAUACCCGAUGGCCCCUCAGUAUCCCGGCAUGGCCCAGCCCUAUCCCAUGAUGCACCCUGGGCCCUACCCUUCGUACCCAGUGGCAGACCCUGGUUACAACCAAGGAGCUCCCCCACCUUACUCUCCCCCCCAGUACCCUGGACACUGACGGGAAGGCCUCCACGUGACGAGGCACGAGAGAGGAAGAGGAGGAGCUGCACCUGAAGGCGUUAGCUCUGUGUGUCCGGUGGGCGGGGCCUGAGGAGGUUAACCAGAAGCACUUUAGUUUCUAUCUUUUGUUUUGAUGUUCUUCAGAGAGAGCUGUGUGUCGGUUCAAUGACUCCCUUGGACGUUUGGUUCAUACUGACCAAUGUGGAUAUCGGAACACUCACCAACCUACACACACACACCCCGACCCACACUCACUCACCAAACUACACACACCGACCCAUACACACACACACACACACACACAUAUACACAAACACCCCAGGUAUCCUAAGAGAGUGAGCCAGCAGCAUGACAUCACCAACAGGGGGCUCCAAGGUACACUCGACACCUCCCUCAACACAAUGUGACAGCCUCAUAAAAUGUGACUAUUUAUCUUUUUGCUCGUUUACACCUGCUUGGUAGUGAAGCGACAGGAGUUAGGACGUGUAGGUGGGUGAUGUCACAAUGGCAUUGUGUGUCACAUCACCAUGGAGAUGGAAUAUGAUGCAUAGUCUCUGUAGACAGUACCUCCCUCACAUAGACAUAAUAAAGAGUAGACGCCGCAUUGGCUGCUGGGCGCGAGAAAUGCUGCCGCCAUCAUGGACAGGGCAAAUUCUUAGUUGCUUAGCAUCAGAAUAAACAAGAUGCCAGCACUGUGCAGCUUAUUCCUGCUCAAAUUGGCGGACUAUCGCAAACAGGGCUCGGGGGGAUUACUUUUCACAAUUAAGAUUUAACAUUACCAUACUAUUGGUUGUAUUUUGUGAAAAGAAUAACCAUGUCCUGUAUCAUGUAUGACCUUUGCAGCAAAGCAAACCGCGUGAAAAUCAGUUUGGUAUUCAGUUCGGUAUGAUUAAUUAAAUGCGCUGACAGCUCAUUGCCCCAGCCAAACAGAUUACAAUGAUUGGAGCGGUUGCCCGUUCCAAGAUGGCGGCCCCACGGCUCGUCAGCGCCAGUAGGCAGCAGCGGUCGAUGCGGCAUCUACUCUUCAUUAUGUCUAUGCUCCCUCAUGCCACACACAAUAUAAAUACAUGUACCUUUCAGCCUGCAAUGCUCACUGCAAGUUAACACACUGUGGUAAGCGACUUAGCUCAGCUUAGUCUGUACAUCGUAACAAACCGCCAUUAACUUUAAUCGUGAAACCAAGGUCAGGUGCAUCUCUUGAUAUCAUUGUCAGGUAGCUCUGUCAUUGUGUCUAGCUGUCAUGAGGACGUUUAUUUCCUGAAUACAUGACCUUGUUUCCUGUCUCAAACCAAUGGUUGUCCCAUUUUACAGAGCGUAUCCCGCCUUAUCUCAUUGUGGAAACCCUGCAAGCCAUUUCACCUAUUUUGUAAAGGAAUACAGAUUAAUGUUUUACUAUAUUGUAAGAGUUUACAAUUUUAACAAUAUUAAAAUUGUUGAAAUGUUGGAAUACUGGAAUACGUUUCAGAACUGUACCACAACCAUAAAAACUUGAUUUAGAACGUAAGUUUGCUGUUAUGACUGUUUAGACUCAUUGUUGCAACUGCAAGCUAACUUUGUAAGAAGUUUGAAUUCUUCUGUGUUCAGCAUGUGUUGUACAGUAGUUACUUCUUGUAGGUGACUUGAGAAGCACUUUUUUCUGAUUCUUUAUAGUGCAAUGUGUUGCAAAAGGUUCAAGUCUGGUCAUCUGAGAUUACACUGAUGUUUAAAGCGAUUCCAAGUGCUGUUCAAAGAGAUUUUAAAUAAAAUAAUGAUGUUCUGAAUCAGUUCCACAGUCCUUACAGGCAACCACUGUAUGAUUUAAAGCACAAAUCGGUUCAGCAGUGAAAGAGCUAUCUUUGUAAAUUUUAACGGCUGUAGUCCUGAACUUGAAUUGGUCAUGUUAACUGUCCAUAUGUACAGAAUUAUGAUCCCUGUAUGUACAGUAAAAACAGUUGAAAACUGGAAAUUUUUCAACUGCUGACAGAUUUGAACAUAUAUUUGCUCAAAUGUUUUCCUUUCAACUAAAAAUCUAUCUCAUAACAGGAUAUAACUGUUUUUGGAACUGGUUUCAUGGUUGUCUGUCAUCAGCUGGUUAGUAUGACGCUGUAUAUAUAGUAUGUGAAGUCUUCUUUUCUAAUAACAAUAAAGUAUAACUUUG